GAGUAAGCAGUAAAUCAUCUUUUACCAUACGAUGUUUACGAAGGGAACUACACCCUUCCCGCCAAAACACAUCUCAGAAAACUCCAUGUCCAAUAUUUCGAAUUACUAUUGCUCACUUCUUAAACAAUGCUGCGAGACCGGCGGUCUGAAACAAGCCAAAAGGCUCCACGGGCACAUAAUCAGGACCGUCACGGAUCCAGAGACGUUCUUGCUCAACAAUUUCAUCAAUGGGUAUUACAAGCUCAACAACACCGCCUAUGCACGCAAUGUGUUUGAUAAUUUGCGCAGACCAAACCCUUUUUCAUGGAACACUAUUCUUUCCGCUUACUCGAAAGACGGGGAUGUUGGGAAGAUGCAGGAGAUGUUCAAUUUGAUCCCAUGUAAAGAUGGAGUUUCAUGGAACUUGCUUAUUUCGGGUUACGUAAAAUGUGGGUUGAGUGGGAAAGCUUUAGAGGCUUAUAGAUCGAUGUUGAGGCAUGGGUUGGGGAAUUUGAACAGAAUCACUCUUUCCACGAUCAUAAUAAUGUUGUCGAACAAGGGCUGGGUUGGUUUGGGUGGGGUUAUUCAUGGGCAAAUAGUGAAAUGUGGGUUCGAGUCGUAUGUUUUUGUGGGGAGUCCUUUAGUUGACAUGUAUGCAAAAUGUGGUCUGAUAACUGAGGCUAAGCGUGUAUUUGAUGGGCUGCCGGAGAAGAAUUUGGUUAUGUACAAUACGAUGCUUAUGGGUUUUUUGAGGUGUGGCAUGGUGGAAGAUUCGUACAAAUUGUUUGCGUGUAUGCCUGAGAAAGAUUCGAUUUCUUGGACAACGAUGAUUACUGGACUUAUGCAAAACGGGAUGGACAAAGAAGCGCUUGAUUUGUUCCGAGAAAUGAGGUUCGAGGGAGUGAAUAUGGAUCAGUUUACUUUCGGAAGUGUUUUAACUUCCUGCGGAGGUCUUUUGGCAUCCGAAGAAGGGAAGCAGAUUCAUGCGUAUAUGACUAGAACUGAUCAUAUGGACAAUGUUUUUGUGGCCAGUGCACUUGUUGAUAUGUACUCAAAGUGUAGAGACGUAAAAAACGCAGAGAAAGUCUUUAGGAGGAUGCCGUACAAGAAUAUCGUGUCUUGGACAGCCAUGCUAGUGGGCUAUGGUCAGAAUGGAUACAGUGAGGAAGCUGUUCGGGUUUUUUGCGAGAUGCAAAGAAAUGGAGUCGAGCCAGAUUAUUUCACUUUAGGCAGUGUGAUAAGCUCUUGUGCAAAUCUGGCCAGCUUGGAAGAGGGAGCACAGUUUCAUUGUCGAGCACUAGUUUCGGGAUUGAUUUCCUUUAUAACGGUAUCUAAUGCACUUGUUACCCUAUAUGGUAAAUGUGGGAACAUCGACGAGGCCCAUAUUUUGUUCAAUGAAAUUAAAUCGAAGGAUGAAGUUUCUUGGACUGCAUUAGUUUCUGGCUAUUCCCAGUUUGGGAAAGCCAACGAAACCAUUAAUUUAUUCGAGGAAAUGUUGGUUUGUGGUCUUCAACCAGAUGGGGUUACUUUUGUUGGGGUUCUUUCUGCAUGCAGUAGGGCCGGAUUUGUCGAGAAAGGCCGUCAUUAUUUUGCAUUAAUGGUGGAUAAAUACCAAAUUAAACCAGUUCUUGAUCACUACACUUGCAUGAUUGAUCUGUAUAGUCGAGCUGGACAGCUGGAAGAAGCGAAAGAUUUCAUUCUCCAAAUGCCUUGCUGUCCCGAUACGAUUGGCUGGGCGACUUUGUUGAGUUCGUGUAGAAAUCGUGGUAAUAUGGAAAUAGGGAAAUGGGCUGCAGAAUCUCUUCUUGAAAUCGACCCGCAAAAUACAGCUGGCCACGUGUUGCUUGCCAGUAUCUAUGCUGCGAAAGGGAACUGGGAUGAGGUGGCUCGAUUAAGAAGAGGAAUGAGAGACAAGGGUGUUAGAAAGGAGCCAGGGUGUAGUUGGAUCAAGUAUAAAAACAAAGUGCACAUUUUUACUGCUGAUGACAAGUCGAGCCCGUUUUCCGAGCAGAUUUAUAAGGAGUUGGAAAUUUUGAACCGUAAAAUGAUGGAAGACGGAUAUGUGCCCGACGUGAAAUCUGUUCUGCACGAUGUACACGAGUCUGAGAAAAUGAAUCUGCUGAACCAUCACAGCGAGAGGCUUGCCAUUGCGUUUGGUUUGAUUUUUGUUCCUUCUGGACUGCCGAUUAAAGUGGUGAAGAACCUUCGUGUGUGCGAUGACUGUCAUAACGCCACGAAGAUCAUUUCGAAGAUCACUCAGAGAGAAAUUCUGGUCAGAGAUGCUGCACGGUUCCAUUUGUUUAAAGAUGGGAAAUGUUCGUGUGGAGACUUUUGGUAGUGGAUGCUAAGAAAGAUGUCUGAAGCGUGAAAUCACCAAAAGCACAAUGCGGUGAUUGAAGGUUCUGCACAAAAGUGAAACAGAGCUUAUAUAUAUGGUCAUGAAUAUUCAGACAGGAUUAAUAGCAACGGGACUAGAAAGAUU